GGAAAUGAUCCCAGCCUUGCGCCUCACAUGGGCUCAACCUAAGAAACCCAUACCCCCCCGUUCCCGCGCACUGUUCCUGCGGGCCGUUCCGCGCCAAGCGCGCUGAGUGGGAUGGUGUGAUGGCAAAGUGGGAGUGCAGCAAAUGUCUGGAGGACAAUGAGGACUGGGAGGAGCUUUGCCAAUGGUGCGACACCUGCCGCAAUGAGGCCGACCCAGCCCGUCGAGGCCGCCCGGCUCCACCCAGCGAGCCGAGCGAGCCGCCGCUGCGGCCGCCCGGGGAGCCAGCGCCGGCAGCGUCGCCCUACAGAGCGCUGGAUGUGGUGGCGACCUGGAACAGUCGGCGCAGGAGGUUGCUGGAGGAGCUGGGUUCAGUGGACUUCUUAGGGCCCACGGCGCGGCGCGUGCGGUUGAGGGCCUUGCAGCUGGAGUUCCACCCAGACAAGCACCCUGCAGGUGAGCAGCACUUUGCGCAGGAGAUGUUCUUACUGGUCCAAAGCCGCUGGGAGGAGGACGAGCGCACACGCCGCCAGCGCCAGGAGGAACAGCAGCGGGCCGAGCAGCAGGCGGCGGAGCAGCUGAGGAAAGCGGAGGAGGCCUGGAGAAGGCAAGAGGCGCAGAAGGCCAAGGAAGAGGCCUUGAGGAAGCAAAAGGAAGCAGAGGAGCGCUCUUUGACUUCCACUUGA